AUGCCCCUUGCUCCCCCUCUCAACUUUUCCAAAUGGCUGAAUGACAAUCAACAUCUGUUACAACCACCAGUGAACAAUUUUUGCCUCUAUAAAGGAGAUGAUUUCAUCGUUAUGGCUGUCGGAGGCCCGAACGAAAGGCGUGAUUAUCAUGUCAACGAAACAGAAGAAUGGUUUUACCAACACAAAGGAGGUAUGCUCCUGCGCACCGUGGAUGAUGGAAAGUUCAGAGAUAUUCGUAUCGAAGAGGGCGAGAUGUUUUUGUUGCCUGGUUUGCGUUGUUUACCUCAGUACUUUCAUCCGCUUACGGACUUGAUAGCAAACACACCGCACAACCCUGUGCGCUUUGCUAAUACCAUUGGCUUGGUGACCGAGCGAGUCAGGCCGAAGGACUCACUAGAUCGCCUGCGAUGGUAUUGCUCAAACCCGGUUCACAUCGAACCAACGAUUAUCAGGGAGGAAGCUUUUCAUGUCACCGAUCUCGGGACUCAGCUCAAGCCAGUAAUCGAGAAGUGGAUGACUGACGAAGGUAGCAGGAAAUGCCCCCACUGCGGUAUAAUUGCGGAUGCAAAGUAG